CCGACGCGCACCGGCUCGCCGCAGUCUCGUUCGCGUCCAUAUAACAUAACAAUAUCAUUAUCACACAGUCGUCGAGUCGUCCGAUUUCGGUUUCUUUUCGCUCUCGAUUUCACUCAGUUUCCCAGCUAUCAUCUCACACUGCUGCAGCUGCACAAUCGCCGCGACUUAUCUCCCGCGAUCCGUCACCGAGGCUCGCCAUGCACUCCGGUCCAGCCGCCCACCGGAAACGCCGACACUGACAUCGCACCGACUACUAGACGCGAUAUAACUCACACAUAUUAUUAUUAUUCUAACUGGACGCCAUACCGACACGGACGUUUAGGCCGCCAUGGACUCGGGACUGGCACGGUUCGCCGUGCUCAUAGUGUUGUUCUUCCUGUUGACCGGCGACCUGGCCGGCAUGGUCAAACACGUAUUCGAGGAAUACGGCGGAAAGCAGCACAACAACCAACAUCACCGCCAUCAGCAGCAGCGGAGCCGGCAGCAGUCUCCGGAAAAGUCGGCGGGCGAAGGAAUCGCGCGGUCGCCAAAACCACCGGUUGCUGCGGCGGGCCCUGACGACAUCGGCGCCGAUGGCCCGACGGCGGACGAAGAUCCCGACAUGGAAGCGUUCGCCAAAUCGUAUUCGGCCCGAAUGAAACUGGUCAACACCAUCAAGGAAUCGUGUUUGCCGAAACUUAUUUGCGAGCUGACUGCGUCCACAAACCGCGACUCGCUUACCGAAUCCGAAAGAUACCUGUUGUCGCUCAUUAGAGAAACGACCAUUUCCACUACAGCCGAAGUGACGUCCAAAUAUCAUUUCGCAGCGCACAUGGGCCAACUCAUCAACGGCAUUGACAACACGGGAUGUCACAACUUUUAUCCCGGAUGUCCGUUUCCCGGGCUGCAGGUGAUGCAAAUGAUGAAGAAAGUGAAGAUCUUGUAAAAUAAUAAUAUAAUUUACCUACGUGUGUGACGCCGACGCUGCGACCACAGUCUAGUCCUUAAACCGAUGCAUCUUAAUAAUAAUAUAAUAAUAUUUAUUCCAAGAUACAUGUACGGCUAUACCUAUAACCGCUUCUCGAAACGUAGGUAGACCUGCAGCUGCUGAGCUCGCAUGACCUUUAACGUCUUGUUUCGACUUUAGCGCCACCUGCCGCUGGUGAAAAAUUUAAAAAAAUCAAACAAGUUUUCCGCCCUCGCGAUUCCGGCUUGAGUCAUAAGUCACGUCCACGCCAUCGUCUUCCUUUUUUAUGAUAUCAACGCCGACAGGUCACGCGUAAAAAUUAAUAACAAUAUGUUAUUUUUUUUUUAUCAAUUACAGCCGAUAAUUAUUAUAAUAAUAUAAAAGUAUUAAGACACUACAAUAAAUAUCAUUAUUAUUAUUAUGUGCAUCGUAUAAGGUAUAUUAACAAGUAUUACCUCAAUCAAGCCUAUAUAUAAGUAUGAUAUUAUAGUAUAUUAUACACAAUGUAUAGGCAGUAUAACUGCAGUUACCUAUACACAUCUAUUUAUGUAUUUAACUUAAUAUUAUGUAUAAAUAAAAAAAAUUACAAAAAAUUGUCCAUAAGUACCUACACAGGUAUUAUUAUUGUAUAUGCGUAUCAUCAAUAAUUUUAAUUUAAGUUAAUAUAUUUAUAUGUACACCAGUGUCGUGGUACUUGCGAUGAUGUAAAUAAUAAUAAUAAUAAUAAUAAUAACAAUAAUGAUAAUAAAAUGUACAAAGAAAAAUUAGCAACAAA